AUGCAACUGAAAUCACGUCUUCCUCCUUAAUUCUAUGUGACUCCAAAAUAUGAUGAACAUUUAAAUACACAAAUAUCUUAAAAUGAUGUUAUAAAAACACAUAGAAGAAAUUAUAGCUACUAAUCAGAGACUCAAUUUUCAAUACUUAAAUUCCAGUUUUGUCAGUUAAUUGGAUAGGGAUAAUUUAGUAAAGUUAUGUUAGUCAAGUAUCAUUCAAUUAAAUUUAGAAAUUCUGGAAAAUCUUAUGCUCUUAAACUAUUAGACAAAGUUUAAAUCCAAAAAUGUAAUCUUAAUUAAUAAGUCUAAAGAGAAAUUGAUAAUCAAUCUAAACUCAAACAUGAAAAUAUUGUUCAAUUAUUUACACAUUUUUAAGAUAAUCAAAAGAUCUAUUUAGUUACUGAAUAUUGUGAAAAAGGUAGUUUGUAUUAAAAACAAUUCACAAAAUCUAAAAUUAAAGACAUUAUUAAAUAGAUUAUUACUGCUAUUUAAUAUAUCCAUCAAAUGGGUAUUAUGCAUAGAGACAUUAAACCUGAAAAUAUAUAUCUAACAUAAGAUGAUAUAGUAAAAAUUGGAGAUUUUGGUUGUUCAAUUUAAAAAGGAUAAAGAAGAAAGACUUUUUGUGGAACUCCUGAAUAUAUGUCUCCUGAAAUAAUACUCAGUUCAAGUAAUAUGAUCUAAUAUGGUGGAUAUGAUGAGAAAGUUGAUAUAUGGGCUAUAGGUAUAUUACUUUUUGAACUAUGUAAUAAUACCGUUCCAUUUAGAGAUAUUAAUAGAGAUAAAUAAUAAGAUAGAAUAUGUAGAGAAGAGAUUGUGUUUAAAAAAGAUGAAGAUCCUUUAUAUGUGGAUUUUGUAUAAAGAUGUCUUUAUAAAGAUCCAAAUUAGAGAGCAAAUCUAGAAUAACUCCGUUAGCAUCCUUACUUACAAUUUUGA